AUGGUUGUGAAGGCAGUUAAACAGGCAUCUAUUGCACGGAACGGUGUUGGAGCGUUUGUAUUUCCCUGCAAGAAGAUUACGUUGCAAUAUUGCAAUUGGGGAGGGUCAUCGCAAGGAAUGCGGGAGUUUUUGACGUCGAAGAGGCUUGAGAAAUUGGGGUCUCAGUACCCGUUUAUCCAGUUCGAGGUGUUGAGGAAGUCGGGGCAUCCGCUGCUUAGAGCACAGUACAACAAUGGACGGGAAAAGGUGAUUUGCGUGAGGAACUUGAAUAUCGAUAACGUCGAGAACAAGCUAAAGCUGCUGAAGGACUCAAGUGGCGAGAUACUGCGUAGGAGAACGAAGAAUGAUAACGUGGAGACCUUGAACAAGAGCGUGAGAGGUGUUUGGUCACCAAUUCAUGCGUCUAUGAGAUACAGAGUCUAG